AUGAGCACAGAAGCCAUCGAGCCGUCCUCUCUCUCCUCCGAUGAUUUGGGUAGUGCUCACACGAGACGACCUCGCAAGUUAUUGAAGAGAACACCCUCUUCCCAUCACAACAACGAUGAUGGUAGUAACGGUCAUGCGUACGACCGUCGUAAUGAUGGAGAUGAUACGAUGCAACAAGACGAAAAUAUUUCUUCAUCAAACCGAACAAACACAAGAAAACGAAAUUUUGGAAAACGAAUAAACGGAAGACGAAAAGAAGAGGUUUCUGAUGAUAGUGAGGAUGAAAGAGAUGUUAAAAAAUAUCAAAAACAACAAGAUGAGAACGGUGAUGAGGAUAUUGAAAAUUCGGACCAGUUGAGUGCCUAUCUCAAAGGUUCUGCUCAAAUUAUUGAACAAAGAAUUCCAUUUGUAAAGGCUCAGUUGCCUGAUAAGUAUGAAAAUCUAUUUUCCAAUAUGAAACCCAUCAAUGGCACAUCCACGAAUGUGUUUGUGUUUGAUUCAGCUCCUCAAAGGACUCCCAAUGGUACGACAUUGUCCACCUCUGCAAACAAUUCCAUUUCCUCUACGACAUCAUCAUCGUUGACGACACAAGACAAUGGCAUUGAGCAUAACAAGGAAUUAGAGACACCAUCGACAUUUCUAUUUCCGAGAGAAAAGAUCAUAUCUCUUAACACAUGGACCGAGAUUAAAAAGAUUGGACCUGGUUUGCAAAAUCUAGGAAAUACAUGCUUUAUGAAUGCAGCAUUGCAAUGUAUCAUGUAUACACCAGGUAUGCGCAACUUUUUACUCACAAGAAAGAUGGGAGAACCUUCCAAAAAGUUCAAUGCACUAGAUGCCAUGUCAGCACUUGCCCGAGAAAUGUUUAACGAAAAGUCCGAGUCGUCAUCAUCAUCUCGAACAAGAGCCUUCUCAUCCGUAGCACCUACUUUUAUUGCAAAACAUUUAAAAGGCAUUGGCGGUUUUGUGUUGGGUAGACAAGAGGAUUCUCAUGAAUUCAUUAUCAAAUUACUUGACAAGAUGGAGAAUGCAAUCGUGGAAAAAUACAAAGGAAAACUUAAUAAUAUGGUUCUAGAGACGAAUCCAAUUCAUCAAAUUUUUGGUGGCUACCUUAGAAGCCAAAUCAAAACUCAAGAGACAAAUUACAUUUCAAACAAGUACGACGCAUUUAUUGAUGUUGAGUUGCAAUUGAACAAUUGUAGCUCAAUUGAAAAAUCCCUUCAAAAUUACAUUACACCUGACCGAUUAGAUGGAAAAAACAAGUACAAAUGCCCUAAAACAAACACCUAUGUCACAGCCUCCAAAAAACUUACCAUUCAUGAAGCUCCAAUUAAUUUAAUUCUUCAACUUAAACGAUUUAACAUUUUUGGAAAGAAAGUCAGCAAAAAGAUAUCCUACGAAGAAACUUUAGAUCUCUCCCCUUACAUGAGCAACAAAAAUUCUGUGGCAAGAUAUCACCUUUAUGGCGUUUUGGUGCAUUCUGGCGGCUCCUCAUGCUCCGGUCAUUACUACGCCUAUGUUAAGAAUAGCAAUGGUAUAUGGUACAAAAUGGACGACUCAUCAGUCACACAAGUGAGCCAAAGCACCGCACUUUCUCAGCAGGCCUAUAUAUUAUUCUACUCGAGAAACAUGGAAGAUUUUAAUCACCUAGAAUCAUCCACAAUUUUUCAAGAGUCUAUCCGACGAUACAUAGAAAUUCAACAACAAAACAAGAAUGGAAUCUCUGCCUCCUCCUCUUUAACCCAAUCUAAAGAUGUUGAAGACUCAUUUGAGUUGCAAACUCCUCCACCCAUGCUUACACCCUCCAAACCUAUUCCUACGGCAACAACAACGCCUCAAAAUAAUGGCUCACCAUCCACCGAAGCCAAUGAUCAAAACUCUGCCACUCCCACCCAAAAGUCUCGAUCUAGAAAAACAUCCAAUCUUGCAAUUCAAACCAAUGGAACUUGCUCACAAACUGCUGACUCAUCCACUACUCCUAAUUCUUCAGGAACAGUCGACACACCUCAAAAAUCUUCCAAAAAACCAACGAACCUUACCAUUCCAUCCUCUCACCUUACAGCACCUGAGCUUCCAUCUCCAUUUUAUGCCCCAGUUAAGAUUGACAUAUUGGAAAAUUUGACGCCACAAAAACUACAAGUCUUAAAAUCUCAAAGACCUUCAAAUUCUGUUGGCAUUCUCAACCUACGAAGUGUUGGAGGUUUAUUUAGCCCAAUCUCUCUCACUCAUUCAUCCAACAUCAAUACUAUGUGGAUCAAUAAGAAUUAUCUCGAUACUCUCAAGAAAGACAUGUUCAAAAAAGAACGAUUGUUUCGUACUGACACACCUUCCACGCCUCUCAAGGUUAUAAAUCCCAACGAAGGAAUGCCACAGAAUCCAUUCCCUCUUGACAAUUUUGUGUCUGACUCCCCUCUCUUCUCUCCAACCUCACAAAUUACACCAUUUGUGUUUGAAAAGAAAGGUAUCAAGAGAAAGACUAUGGAGGAAGGUGAUAACGAAGAAGAAGAGUCCCAACACCACGAACUUGAAAACGAAACAACACAAAAUUCCCAAGCUAACUCAUUAGGCACUAAAAUUUCUGCAAAAGAACUAUUCACCUCUCCUUCUGCUCAAUAUUCUGAAGAGGUCGAUAUUUGGGAGAAUGAUGACGCGAGAGAAAAUGCAAAACAGCAACGAUUCAUCAACGAGAAAGUUCUUGCUCCAAAAAUAUUCAAAAGAGAUGAAUACGAUCGAGCUUUGGAUGCAGGUAAAAAGAAAAAGAUUAGAAAGAAAGAGAGCUCUGAAGAUUGGAUGCAAAUCAAUGAAGCUAUUCAGAGAACAGCUGAAAGAAAGCACAAACAACGAAAGUAA